GGCGUCCUGUGUUUUGUUGCUGUCAGACAAAUGGGGGUAUGAGGCCAGAGUCCAUCAUCAUGGCUGGUUCUUCGGUACGAUGGCUAAAAAGACUGUACGUUUUCUGGUUGAUAUGUCCCCUCUGUGUCCCAGCCUUUUUGAAUUUGGAGGAGCUGAACGAGAUGAAAUAUGGGAUUCAAAUUCUUCCCGAUCCCGUCAUCCUGGGGCAGACCAAGACAGAGGAGGUUAUGAUGGUGUCCAGUAAGUACAAGCAGCUGUAUGAGUGUCGUCUUCCAGCCCAGGCCGUCCGGUUUCAUCAGGAUCCUGCUUCUGAGCCAGAAUCUCAAGGGUACACAGGACCAGACAUCCCAGACCUGCUCAGUCCAAUGCACAAUGCCCCGUGUCUAGUGAAGACGAAGGACUGGUGGACAUAUGAGUUCUGUCAUGGUCUGCAUAUCAGACAGUACCACCUUGAAGACACAGAAAUCAAAGGGGACAUUCUGUUUCUCGGUUAUUAUGAGUCUGAAUUUGACUGGAGGAAUGAAACAGCAAAGGCCUCCAAACAGCACAGGCUGAAGCGCUACCACAGUCAGAGCUAUGUAAAUGGCUCUAAGUGUGACCUAAAUGGAAAUCCCAGAGAGACCGAAGUCCGGUUUGUGUGCGAAGAAAGCUCAGGUGACUACAUCGCCCGAGUGGAUGAGCCUCAGUCUUGCCGCUAUGUGCUGACAAUUCACACCAGUCGCACCUGCCAGCAUCCAUUCCUGCGGCCACCAUCCACUGCCAAGCCCCAGGGUAUCGUGUGCCAGCCAGCAUUAAGUGCCCAACAGUACAUGGAUUACGUCAAGGCCCAAGUCUCGGACACAAAGCGUAAAGUAGAGCAGAUCUCAGAGGAGCUGAGGAGUCUUGAUGAGAUGUUGGCCAGUAAUGAAGGGACAGAAGGAGCAGUGGAAGUAACUGCAGAAGAGAUACCACCUGUAUCCAGUGAUGACUCAGAUCACUCAGACAGAGAAGACACUGCUGAUGUAUCUGAGGAUCCCGGGUCAGAAGAGGCAGAGGAUUCUGAUUUCUGGGAGGGAGUAACAAAACCAGGGGGUUCAAAAACAACUGCUUCUCAACAGGAGAGUCAGGUAGCAGAUGAUGGCUCUAACUCACUUACAGGCAAUGGAGUCACUGACGAUGGUGAUGAAGUAGAAAAAUUCAACUUUAAAAUCAUCACUGACCCAGCAGACCUGAUGAAAUUUGUCCAGCACCUCAAAGAGAGUAACAGGAAGAAAGCACAAAACCAAGCCAAAAGUCAAGGAGAGAAACCAACAAGCAACAGGGUAACGGAGAAGGUUGACAAGGAAGAGAAAGACGAAGAUGAACUCCUGCUACAGGAGUUUGAGGAGGAGAUGUCUGACCUCUCUGUGCCGUCUGAUAAGAUUGAAGAAAUAAAGGAGGAAAUGCAGAAGGAGUUUGACAACAUCAUAAAUGAGGCUCAGCAGGAAUUGGAGACUGAGGGUCUGAAAGGGGAGUUCGAUCGCACUCAAGCAACACAAACACUGGAGACAACACUGGACAAGCUACUUGAUCAUUUGGAGGAGAAAGACGUCCAGGACCAAGAGCAGCAAACAGCAGGAGUUCAAAGAGCCAGUGACCCGACCAGGGGCAGCCCGAGUCUGGCUCCAAAGCAGCCAGACCAAGCGGCUGACGACCAUGUUAAGAUCAAAAUUACUAAGUAUAAGACGGGCAGCAGCCCUGAUGGGGAGGUCAAAGUUCAGGAGAUGGGCGAAGGAGACCCCCAGUGGCAGCACAUAAAGGACGUGGUUAAAGAACAGCUAGAGAAAGCAGGACUGAAGGCUGAAGGUAAAAUUGAGGUGAAGAUCUUGACGCGAAAGAAUGCAGAGGAGGCAGGUGAUCAGUGGCUGACUGAAGAAGAUACAAAGUCCUUCAGGGAACUUCUCAUAAAUCUCCUGACUGGAGGCACAGAAGAAGUUUACAAGGAGCAAAAGAGGCAGCAGGAGUUGGAGAACAAUUAUAGGUUUGUGUGGGGAGAGUCCCAGGAGGAGUCCCAAUCAUCCAGCACCUCUGACUCUGAUGAUGUGGACAUAUGAGCCCGUUCAGUACAUUAAGUGCACCUUUUGUGAUGGUGAACUCCUGUGGAGACCAGUGGGGAGGGGGAGUCUGAAGUGCAGCUGCAAAUUUGAAAAAGAGCCCACAUGAUUGCAUCAUUGCUAUGAAACCUGGCAGAUAAUAUCAACUCACCUGUUGAGUUUGCACAUUCAGAAAAUCAAGGUGUCAGCUGCACUUGUGCGGCUAAAUGAAGUUAUGCAUUUUCCCCUUUUUGAUGGGAUUCAGUUUUGAUAGAUGGCUUGAAUAGCUGAGUGAUAUACAAUAUGUACCUUUUUAGAAAUAGUUCUGUGAGUUUUACUGAAUACUUACAGUUUAGCUCUGAAGUUGUCCGCAGCACACUGCUUCCACAGUUAAAUUACCACUUGCAUUUGUCUUACAUGUUGCCAUUGGCAAAGAAGUGAUGCAGUCGAGCAGGGUGGGGAUGUGUGUACAUGCCUCAACAAAGGGGUUCAUAUUUCAGUUCCUACUUUUCUUUGAAACUGACACUGUUUGGUGAUAAUAUUAUCGGCAAACACAAGUGCAGAUUACAGAAAUGUUUGUAAACAUGCUCUGGCACUUUAUAUUUUUAGAAACACCGAAUUCUAGCAUUAUUUCAUAAAUAUUUUGGGUUUCCCUUGGGUUUUCAUGUGCUAUUAAAGGGAUUCAGAAGAAAAACACUUAAAGGAGUGCAGGAAGAGAAAUCUUUUAAGUGUGUACUUUGUUUUUGUUUCAGACAAGAUUUAAUUUAGCAAAGGAAAAGAAAGAAAGCUACGCUGUCAAUCAUAUUCAGUCUACUAAAAUAAUGAGUCCACACAAAACUUUUCUAAGGAUCCCUCAGAGGUGUACUUAAAAGGGCUGAAUUUGUACAGUUUGUGAAUAAUUGUGACUACUUGGAGCUCAACCUGUACAUAAUUAUUGCGUGAAUAUUUUUUUGAAUUGAUUUGUUGUAUAUUAGCACAAACUAAGCGGGGCUUGAUUUGCCUGAGUAAAUGUGUUACAAUGUG